AUGCUGCUAUGGGAGCAAACUCAUGCUGCCAAGUACUUAAUGGACCCUCCACAAGAGAAUGCGAAUGAUGAGUGGAGUUAUAAAGCGGGGCAGGGUCUCAAAAAUCCUUGCAAAAGAACCCUAAGGCCAAGACUGCAAGACCACGCUAAUCCACUUUCAGACUUUGCAGACUGCAAGAUGUCAAUUUUAGCAGUUGGAAUUUCUUGUUUAAUUGUUCAUGAUCACACACUAUCAGUCUAUUGUUUUGUUUUUCAGGGUUUGUUGGAGGGACUUAGCCAUUCAUUCACAAAGGACUUCAAUUUUAUUGAUUCAGUGAAGGCAUAUCUCUCAUAUGCUUUAUUGCGCGCUUCCGUUUCACAAUCCCCUGUCAUAUUUCAGUACGCAACGGGAAUAUUCUCAGUUUUGCUAUUGCAGUUCAGAGAAAGUCUCAAAGGUGAAAUAGGCCUUUUGUUUCCCCUGAUAGUUCUAAGACCGCUGGAUGGUUUAGAAUUUCCAGUCAACCAAAAAAUAAGUGUUCUUGGGAUGGUAUAUAAAAUAUGUAAGGAUCCACAGAUGCUUGUUGACAUUUUUGUGAACUAUGAUUGUGAUCUCGAGGCAGCAAACUUGUUCGAACGAAUGGUUAGUUCACUAUCCAAAAUAGCUCAAAACACUCAAAAUGCUGAGCCAAAUUCAGUUGCUUUGUCUCAAACUGGAUCAAUUAAAGGUUCAUCACUUCAUAGCGUUGUGAAUGUGCUCAAGUCACUGAUUGAUUGGGAGAAAUCACAGAGGGAAUCGGGAAAGUUCAGAAAGAUUAACUGCUAUGAAGGGACAUUAGCUGAAGAUACUGUUGAAAUAAGAUCCAGGGAAGAUUCUGCCAAUGAUUUCGGGAAGGCAAAGGCUCAUAAAACCGCGUUGGAGGCUGCUAUUGCGGAGUUUAACAGGAAACCAGUAAAAGGAGUUGAGCAUCUAAUAUCAAAUAAGUUGGUGGAAAAUUCACCUGCUUCGAUCGCUCAAUUCUUGAAAAACAUUCCCAACGUGGACAACGCAGCAGUUGGUGAGUAUUUAGGUCAGCAUGAAGAGUGUCCCCUUGCUGUAAUGCAUGCUUAUGUAGAUUCCAUGAAAUUUUCUGGAAUGAAGUUUGACGCCGCAAUCCGCGAGUUUCUUAGAGGGUUCCAACUUCCAGGGGAAGCUCAAAAGAUAGAUCGAAUCAUGGAAAAGUUUGCCGAGAGAUACUAUUCAGAUAAUCCAGGUCUAUUUAAAAAUGCAGAUGCAGCAUAUUUCCUUGCAUAUGCUGUUAUUAUGUUAAAUAUUGAUGCUCAUAACCCAAUGGUGUGGCCUAAAAUGUCCAAGUCAGAUUUUAAACGCAUGAAUGCCAUGAAUGAUACUGAAGAUUGCGCUCCUACAGAAAUGCUGGAAGAGAUUUAUGAUUCUAUUGUGAAAGAAGAGAUUAUACUGCAAGAUGAUACCUCUGUUAAUGGAAAAAGCAGCCGACAAAAGCUAGAAGUCCAAGAAGGACUUCUUGUCAGUAUUCUUAAUCUCGCUCUUCCCAAAAGCAAUUUAUCAGGAGAAGCCAAGUCUGAAAGUGAAGCCACCAUUAAAAGAACACAAGCUAUUAUCAGAAAUCAAGGUGUGAAGAGGGGAAUUUUCUGCUUUGCUCACCAGAUUGAACUUGUAAGACCCAUGGUAGAAGCUGUUGGAUGGCCUCUGCUUGCAACUUUUUCUGUUAUUAUGGGGGAAGGUGAUAAUAAAUCUCGUGUUGCUCUAUGUAUGGAGGGUUUUAAAGCUGGGAUAAAUAUUACGAAUGUGCUUGGAAUGGAUACCAUGCGCUAUGCAUUUUUGACAUCUCUUGUUAGGUUUACUUUCUUGCACGCUCCAAAGGAAAUGCGCAGUAAAAAUGUGGAAGCUCUGCAGACGCUGUUGUUUCUUUGUGAUUCAGACAUGGAUUCCCUUCGAAACACGUGGAAUGCAGUUCUGGAAUGUAUUUCUCGCCUUAAUUUUAUAACAACUACUCCUGCAAUCUCCAUCACUGUCAUGUUGGGAUCAAACCAAAUCUCCAGGGUGACAGUAGUUCAAUCUCUCAGAGACUUGGCUGGCAAACCUUCUGAACAAGUCUUCAUAAAUAGUGUUAAACUACCCAGUGAUUCAGUUGUGGAAUUUUUCACUGCUCUUUGCAGUGUAUCCGCAGAGGAACUAAAGCAAAGACCACCUCGUGUUUUUGGCUUGCAAAAGCUUGUUGAGAUUAGCUAUUACAAUAUGACCCGUAUACGUCUGGUAUGGUCUAGGAUAUGGUUUGUUCUAGCAAAUCACUUUAUUUUAGCUGGAAGUUAUCAUGAAGAGAAAAUUGCUAUGUAUGCCAUAGAUUCUCUAAGGCAGCUCGCUAUGAAGUAUUUGGAGCGUGCUGAACUGGCCAAUUCCACUUUCCAAAAUGACAUUCUCAAGCCUUUUGUUGUUCUCAUGCGGAAUAAUCCUGGGGAAUCGACAAGAAGAUUAAUCGUAGACUGCAUUGUUCAGAUGACGAAAUCUAAGACUGGAAGCAUAAAAUCUGGGUGGCAUAGUGUUUUCAUGGUUUUCACUGCUGCGGCGGAUGAUGAACUAGAAGCAAUCGUUGAGAGCGCAUUUGAAAAUGUUGAGCAGGUCAUCUUAGAACGCUUUGAUCAAGCGGUGGGAGAUUGUUUCAUGGAUUGCGUGAAUUGUCUGAUCAGGUUUGCCAACAAUAAAAGUUUGUAUCGUAUAAGUUUGAAGGCAAUUGGGCUCCUUCGUAUUUGCGAAGACCGUUUAGCAGAGGGUCUUAUUCUCGGCGGUGAUCAUGCCGAUGUGGGUGUUGCAAAGUUACAGGAGGCUGAACAUUAUUGGUUCCCAAUGCUGGCUGGUUUAUCUGAUCUAACAUCAAACCCAAGUCCCGAGGUCAGAAGUUGUGCAAUUGAGGUCUUAUUUGAUUUACUGAAAGAAAGAGGCAGAAGAUUCUCUGCGUCAUUCUGGGAAAGUAUCUUCCAUCGAGUCAUAUUUCCUAUUUUUGAUCUUGUGAGACAUGCUAGAAUGGAAGGAUUUGCUUCUGGUGAUGAUGGUUGGUUUCGUGAAACAAACAUCCAUUCGCUUCUGCUGCUUUGCAACCUUUUCAACAUUUUCUACAAGGAGGUCUCUUUUAUGCUGCCGUCUCUGUUGGAUUUACUGUUAGAUUGUGCCAAAAAGACAGAUCAAACAGUGGUCUCAAUAUCUUUGGGAGCUUUGGUGCAUCUCAUUGAAGUUGGGGGGCAUUGGUUCAGUGACAGUGACUGGGACGCGUUACUCAAAAGCAUAAGUGAUGCUUCAUACGCAACGCAAUCGGUAGAGCUCCUUAAUGAUUUAAAUCGAGAAAAUAUGAGGAACCAUGGAGGCAUUGUCAGAAACUCCGAUGCCAAUGCAGGUGAUAAUGUUGUCAUACAGUCUUCUGACAAAGAGGUGGAGCAUCAGCUUGGUGGCAAUGACAGUGGAAAGUUAUCCCCACUAACACGCUUAAAUACAUACUCUGGAGUUGAAGGUUUAAGGGCACAACUGAAUACGAAUCCUUCUGAAGGUCUUCUAUCACCACAUGCAUCUGAUAGUAAAACUCCUAAACUAGCAGAUGCAGGGGGUCUUCAGCGCAGUCAAACAUUGGGGCAACGGAUUGUGGAAAAUGUUAUGGAUAAUCUCUUCCUCAAAAAUUUUUCUUCUAAACCUAAAAUCCAGACAUUAGAUGCUUCUCGACCGUAUUCUCCAAAUAAGGUUGAGGAUGCUGAAGCUGCAGGACCUGAAGACAAGAAUCAGGACACUCCUUGGCCAGUAACUGUUAGGGGCAAGUGCGUUACUCAGCUAUUGCUUCUUGGUGCAAUUGACGGUAUUCAGAAUAAAUAUUGGAACAAAUUAAAGGCACAACAGAAGAUUGCUAUAAUGGAUAUUCUCCUGUCUUCGUUGGAGUUUGCUGCGUCAUAUAACUCAUCCGCUAACCUUAAGACUCGCAUACACCAAAUUCCUGCUGAAAGGCCACCAGUGAAUCUUCUUCGCCAGGAGUCAGCUGCUAUGAGCAUAUAUUUGGACAUCUUACAGAAAUCAACUUGUGAGUUUGAUACAAACAAACAGCAAAAUCCACGGUCCAGUGGUUUUCAAAAUUCUGACUUUAUAUCAGAUAAUGAAUUACCCAUUACUCAACAUUUGGACCAAGAGACUGAAUUUGGAAAAAUAGUUGAGGGAAAAUUGGUAGCUUUCUUUGAACAGGUACUCGGGGAUGCAUCAGAUCUCCAGUCUAGUGCUGGAGAAGCCACUAACAUGGACAUUCACCGUGUCUUGGAGCUGCGAGCCCCCCUCAUUGUUAUGGUGCUUAGAAGCAUGUGCUCUAUGAACAAGAAUAUUUUCAGAAGACACCUCAGAGAAUUAUAUCCUUUGCUAACAAAACUUGUAUGCUGUGACCAGAUGGACGUUCGAGGAGCUCUGGGUGAUGUGUUCCAAGCACAGUUGACUGCAAUUUUACCGCAGCCCAUAUAUUAGGAUUCUUUGGAGAUGCAUUCUUCGGCAUCUGAAAUAGGAUUUAUUUAGUGCACUCGUGCAUCCUUGUUAGUUAUCACGGCGAUUUUGUGCUUCCGCCAACAUUUUUGUAGAAUGAAAGGGCAUAUAGAAGUGUGAUUGAAUUCUUCAGUUCGAUACAACUUGAUCACUUGUCAGGGCAGUAUAUGGCCAAUGAUUCCUAAAUAAGCCUUAUUUCUUUUGCACGA